AUGAGAGUGAACGGCAGUGAGCUGAACGGCUCCGACCUCCCGCGGGACCCGCCGGGCGAGGGCGCGCCGCGGCGCCCUCCCUGGGUCACCUCCACCCUGGCCGCUAUCCUCAUCUUCACCAUCGUGGUGGACCUGCUGGGCAACCUCCUGGUGAUCCUCUCCGUGUACCGGAACAAGAAGCUGCGGAACGCGGGAAAUGUAUUUGUUGUAAGCCUGGCCAUUGCAGACUUGGUCGUAGCAAUCUACCCAUAUCCACUGGUCCUUACAUCUGUAUUUCACAACGGAUGGAGUCUGGGCUACCUUCACUGCCAGAUUAGUGGCUUCCUGAUGGGCCUAAGUGUCAUUGGAUCAAUCUUCAAUAUUACCGGCAUCGCUAUCAAUCGAUACUGCUAUAUCUGCCACAGUCUCAAAUAUGACAAGCUGUACAGUGACAAGAAUUCGUUGUGUUACGUUGUUCUUAUCUGGUUCCUCACCUUUGCUGCUAUCGUGCCCAAUCUGUUUGUGGGAUCUCUACAGUACGACCCUCGGAUUUACUCGUGUACCUUUGCACAAUCUGUGAGCUCAGCAUAUACAAUAGCAGUGGUGUUCUUUCAUUUCAUGCUUCCCAUAGCCAUAGUGACUUUCUGCUACUUGAGAAUAUGGAUCCUUGUUAUUCAGGUAAGGCGAAGGGUGAAACCAGACAACAACCCCAAACUGAAACCACAUGACUUCAGAAACUUUGUGACCAUGUUUGUGGUAUUUGUACUAUUUGCAGUCUGCUGGGCUCCUUUGAACGUUAUAGGCCUUGCUGUGGCUGUCAACCCAGAAACUAUAAUCCCUAGAAUUCCAGAGUGGUUGUUUGUAUCUAGUUAUUACAUGGCGUAUUUCAACAGCUGCCUUAAUGCUAUCAUAUAUGGACUCCUGAACCAGAAUUUCAGAAGAGAAUACAAGAGAAUUGUUGUCACUUUUUGUACAGCAAAAGUUUUCUUCCAGGAUAGUUCUAAUGAUGCAGCAGACAGGAUGAAAAGUAAACCUUCUCCAUUGAUUACAAACAACAACCAAGUGAAGGUGGACUCUGUGUGA